UGAUGGACAACAGAGUCCCCCACUUGGCGAGGCUGGGCUGCCAGCCAGGCCUGCCUGCGGCCAUCUUAGUUGGGGGCGAGGGCUCUCUGCGGAAAUCCUCCCCCAAGAUGGCUCCCGGGAGGUGCUUCAGGAGGCAGCUCCCCAGGAAGCUCAGCCACGUCUUCGUGUCGAAGUGGUGCCUGGGGCUGGCAGCUGUCCUGUUGGUCUCGUCUGCCGUGAGGAAGUGGUUCCUUUCCCCACCCCUGCCUGCGACCUUAGCCCUGACCGACGGCACCUUCACCUUUUACUUCAACUGGAGCGGCUACGAAGCCCACUUCCCUCACCUGCAGCUCUACCAGUGCCAGGAGGUGAUUGCCCGGGACGACGUGUGCCAGGGAUCCUCCGAGGCGCCUCUCCUGCUCCUGACCAUCAAAUCCCACCCGGUUUCUGGAGGCAUGAGGGCCACCCUGCGCCGCACCUGGGCCCGGCCGGCGGAGGUGGGGGGCUUCCGGCUGCAGCCCCUUUUCCUCAUGGGGUCCACCUUCAACCAGAAGCACCUGGAGCUGGUGGCGCAGGAGAGCCGCGUGUAUGGCGACAUCCUGAUGUGGGAUUUUGUGGAGUCCCACCACAACCUGUCGCUCAAGGAACGCUGCUUCCUCCGGUGGGCGCACGGGCACUGCCAGCAGGCGGCCUUCGUCUUCAAAGGAGAGGAAGAUGUUUUUGUGAAUCCCGCGGCCCUGACGAAGUUCCUCCGGCAGACGCCCAACGCCUCCCACUUCAUCCACGGUUACAUCCACUUCCACCCUGCCGUGAAGAGGAUCGGGCGGGACGCCAUCCCUCUCUCGUUCUUCCCUCUGGCCCACUACCCACACUUUGCCUCGGAAAAGGGCUUCCUGGUGCCCGGCGCCGCCCUGCCUGCCCUCUAUCAGGCCUCCCUUGGGUUGCCCACCUUCCCUCUCUGUGGUGCCUACUGGGGCUUCCUAGCCUUGGCUGCCCAGCUGCCCCAUCAGCACAGCGGAGACUUCCGGACCUGGGAGAAGAUGCAGGACCACCUCACCACCUAUCAGCGGUCUCUGGUGGUCCACGGGGUCCCUAGGGAGAGGAUAGAGGAAGUGUGGCGGGAGCUCAGGGGCUCCGGGCAGUGAACCCAGCAGCAGUUGUGCCCACGACGCACCUUCCUUGGGCCAGGUCGGAUUGGGGUUGAGUGGCUGCGGCUUUGGCACGGGAUCCAGGAAAGGCGAUGGCACCUGCCAAGACUCGUGCUUGUCAAAACCGGUUCGCUGUAUUCUGUUAUUAAAAAGUAUCCCAAGCCGGUGUGGCUGUGUGUGAAUGCUUGUAAUCUCUAGACUCCAACCUUGGCAAAAUUUAAGACUUAUGGACUUCAACUCCCAGAAUUCCCCAGCCAGCCACGGCAGAGUGGAGGCCAAGAUGCCCAUGGUGUCAUAACCAUCAAUUCAUCGAUGAAGGAAGAAAGCAAACGAGCGCUUGUGAGCUCAGCGCAGGAGGAGAAGCACUUUCGAUGGCUUUCCAGAUUUUAUUUAUUCAUUUAAAACAGGAUUGUCUGA